AUGGCGAAUGAGAAUUACAUUAGUAUGUCGAUUGGCUCAAAUAUAGAACGUGUGCCUAAAAAUAUUGUGUUUUGUUCAAUGAUUGGAGGUCGAAGUCACGUAAAACCUGUGCUUGAAAUUGGCAGAUUAUUGAUGAAAAGGAGUCAUAAUUUUACAAUAGUGGCACCAAACGCAAGAAAAACCGUAAAAAACGAAUACCCGCAGAUUUCACUUUACGAUCUUGAUCCUGUGAUGAAAGAACACAGUUCGGAAUCACGAAAACUUUAUCAAGAAGAAUUCAACAUCAACCAUUUGCAAAUUCUUGCACGGCAAUUGGAAGCACAUUAUUCUCACGUUUUCAACAAUUUAAAGCGUGUGGCUUUAGAAAAAAAGGCAGAUUUAUUGAUUUGUGAUGUUGUCGCACAGCCUUGUGUUGAUGUUGCGUGGACGUUAAAAAUUCCGGUAGUUAUCUUUGGUGGAGCAUUAGGAUUAGCAUCUUACAAAUCAGACCCAAUGUUUGGAUGCCACGUUACAUUGGAAGGCAAAUCUUUUUUCGAGAGAUUUCGAUGUGUUAUCAUUCAACAUUCACAAACCGCUUUUUAUUGGUACAAAUCAUCUGUGAAAUACUUUAAUCAAGAACGUAUUUCAGUUGGAAUUGAACCUGUCUCAUAUCCUACAGAAAGAACUCGAAACUCUCUUUUUUUGGCCAAUACGUUUUUCGGCUUUGAGAUUGCAGAAACAUUACCUCCACUUUAUCAGGAAAUUGGACCAAUAAUGUAUGAUUCAUAUCCUCCAUUAACAACAUCUCUUGAAUCUUUUAUCAAUUCACAUGAACGCAUAAUAUACAUCGCAUUUGGGGAUCGCUUCUAUACAACACCUGAGAAUAACGGAAAAAUACUAAAAUCUGUUCUGGAACUUCUCACCACAAAGAAUCUCGAUGGAGCAAUUUGGGCAUUAACUCAAACACCAAUGACAGAUUUUCCAUCAACAAUCAAUCUCCAGAGUGGUAUUUCAAUAAACACCACAACAAUUCUGACGAACUCGAAUCCACAUAUCAAAAUUCUUGAUUGGGCUCCACAAUUCGCUGUUUUAAAUCAUACUAACGUUAAAAUAUUUCUCACACAUGGUGGUAUAGAAAGUAUAUUUGAAGCAUUAUAUACCGCUACUCCGAUGUUAAUUAUGCCAUUGUACGUGGAUCAAUAUGGAAAUGCCGAAAAAUUGACGAUGCAAGGUUGUGCAUUGACCGUUUCCAAACUGGCAUUAGACGAAAAAGAUUUAUUCGAAAAUAUUACGAGACUGUUAACUGAUCAUUCAAUAGCACAAAAUUUAAAAAGAAUGCAAAUAUUUGCUAGAAUUAAUCGUUUAAGAAAGUAUCGUGCAGCUGAUUUGAUAGAGUUGGUUAUGUAUACCGCAAAACAUGUCGAAGGAGCUGGGAAUAUACCGAUUGUAAGUGAGUGGCAAACUGCUGAUGCGAGAAUUGGUGUUUGGCGCGCGGAAAAUUGGGAUGUCUGGGUUUUCGCGUCGAUUUCAUGUUUGCUGCUUGUGGUGACUGCUGGAUUGAUUGGAAUUAAAAUAUUAAAAUUCGCUAAUAGAUGGAUCAUAAUCCGUUGGUUUUCGAGAACCACAAAUAGGAAUACGAAAGAAAAGAGUCAAUAA